AUGAUGAAUGAGAAAUGUAUACAAAAAUUGAUAAAGUUUAAUCCAUUGUUAGCAACAUUAAGCACAAUGUUCGAAACAUUUACAAUGAUAGACAAAGGAGCGUAUCCUCAGUUUAAUUAUCUUAUUUUGCCAGCUAUUACAAUGAAAUUUUUACCAGCACUAAUUUCUAAUUGCGCCUAUAGAAAAUUUAAAAUAACUUUUGAGUCAGUUUAUACCUUCUUAGGAGGUCUUAUGCUGGGAAUAUUAUUCUAUAGAAAAAGACACCUAAUUAAUUAUUUUUCUGAUGUCGUUUACUUACUGAGAGUAACAAGCAUGUAUUCGUUAUUCUAUUCCAUGGAUCAAACAUCUGAAAUAUGUACAUGCUUCUUUAUUAGGGAACUAACAAACAUCUACAUUAGAAAGAUUUUAUUUAAGAAGAAAGCAGUUAUUAGAUCUAUUGAGGCAUUAGACAUGCUAAUUGUGAGUGUAUCUUUCUUUAUAGCCAGAUAUUACGAAUUAGAGUUUAAAUAUUUACUAGGAGCAUUAUUGGCAAUACCUAUAACUAGAAAGAUUCUUAACUUCUAUUUAAAAAGAAGAGUUAGUAUUACUGCUGUUGAUACACAAGUUGAAAAUAAAAGUUUGGAAAGUGAAAAUGAAAAUGAAUUUAGUGAGAGUAGAGAAUCUUUAAGCCCAAAAAAAGAAACACCAGUCACUAAAAACGAGGUAGACCACCAAAGAAGAGCAAAUAAAUUCUUUUCUUAA